CGCUUCUCUCGCGAGAUCAGGUGGCUCCGGGCCGGGCGGGCACUGCGCAGAGUGGAGGUCGUUGGAGUCACUCGUGUCCUCGUAGCUCCUCCGCCUGGUGGCUUCGUGUCCCGCCCGCCCUAGCCAUGCUGUCCGCUCUCGCCCGUCCUGCCGGCGCCGCUCUCCGCCGCAGCUUCAGCACUUCCGCCCAGAACAAUGCUAAAGUGGCUGUCCUGGGAGCGUCUGGGGGCAUUGGGCAACCCCUUUCACUCCUGCUAAAGAACAGCCCCCUAGUGAGCCGCCUGACCCUCUACGAUAUCGCUCACACACCUGGUGUGGCAGCAGAUCUGAGUCACAUUGAGACCAGAGCAAAUGUGAAAGGCUACCUCGGACCGGAGCAGUUGCCAGAUUGCCUCAAAGGUUGUGAUGUGGUGGUCAUCCCAGCCGGAGUGCCCAGGAAGCCAGGAAUGACACGGGAUGACCUGUUCAACACCAACGCUACCAUUGUGGCCACCCUGACGGCUGCCUGUGCCCAGCAUUGUCCUGAAGCCAUGGUUUGCAUCAUUUCCAACCCAGUUAACUCCACCAUCCCCAUCACAGCAGAAGUUUUCAAGAAGCAUGGCGUGUACAACCCCAACAAGAUCUUCGGUGUGACAACCCUCGAUAUCGUCAGAGCGAACACAUUUGUGGCAGAGCUGAAGGGUUUGGAUCCAGCUCGAGUCAACGUGCCUGUCAUUGGUGGCCACGCCGGGAAGACGAUCAUCCCCCUGAUCUCUCAGUGUACCCCUAAGGUUGACUUUCCCCAAGACCAGCUGGCCACACUCACCGGGAGGAUCCAGGAGGCUGGCACAGAAGUCGUGAAGGCCAAGGCUGGAGCAGGUUCUGCCACUCUGUCCAUGGCUUAUGCUGGAGCCCGCUUUGUCUUCUCCCUCGUGGACGCCAUGAACGGGAAGGAAGGAGUCGUCGAGUGCUCUUUUGUUCAGUCCAAAGAGACGGAAUGCACUUACUUCUCUACGCCCUUGCUGUUGGGGAAAAAGGGCCUGGAGAAGAACCUGGGCAUUGGCAAGAUCACUCCUUUUGAGGAGAAAAUGAUUGCCGAGGCCAUCCCUGAGCUGAAAGCCUCCAUCAAGAAAGGCGAGGACUUUGUCAAGAACAUGAAGUGAGAGGUGCGAGCCUCCAGCAGCAGCAGCAGCAUCCUAACUUAUUCAGCAUCAUGUCAUUGGAACCACUUGGGAGUCUGAUUUGCUUUGAUGGAGGGUGUUGAAUCAGCAUCAGCAUCUCUUCCAAAUUAUGUCUGGUCUGUUGAUAAUGACAGUAAAGCAGGCUCUGAUUUUCUUUUUCAA